GCUCCCCUUCAACGGCACUUACAUGCAAGGAAGAGUAAGGAGACGGAGGGAGAGCGUGAGCGAGAAAGGAGGGUUGGGUUCACAAGGGAGAGGAGAGAAACCGACUCCGACACAGACUUUCUAAAGUGGCAGCCAGCCAACAGAGAAAGCACCACCGGAAUUCGACCCCGAACUAAGUCCCCCAUUAGGGCUUAGGAGUCUCGAUGUUGGUUUCUCCCUGUUUGUUAGGGUGAGUGACGCCUGGCCUUGCUCCCACCGCAUUCCCGCUCUUCUCUCGGCCAUGACUAUGUCGGUGCCUCUCUCUCUCCUUCCCUUGUUGCUUCCACGGGAUGCCGCCUCCGUGUCUAGAUCAUGGUUCUCCUUUUAAUACCCUUCUUUUUUCACUCGCGUUUCGAUCGGCCUCUCGGAAAAGCUUUCCUGCCUAGCAUUCGAGUGUUGGGGCAGUGUUUUGCUCAAGUCUCACAGCCGGGUAGGGUUUCAGCUUCUUAAGGUUAGAGUAUGAUUUGAGAGUCACGGGUUACGUAGGCGGACCUUUGUUUACAUGGGAGGAACGAAGGAACGCGGGGCUAUUGUUGACUCGAGGCGUUGAUUUGGAUAGAAGAAUUUUCUAGGUGAGGAACUCAGGGUGAAGUUAUCAUGAUGGACCCGCAGGCGCCACCGAUGGCGCCACCACCGCCGGCAUCCGCUUCAACUGCAGCUGAUGCUGAGGCGCGGUUGGAUGAGAAGGCCAGGAAGUGGCACCAGUUGAAUGCUAAGCGAUACGGCGAGAAGCGCAAGUUUGGUUUUGUGGAGACGCAGAAGGAAGAUAUGCCUCCAGAGCACGUACGCAAGAUUAUCAGGGACCAUGGUGACAUGUCUUCGAAGAAGUACCGUCAUGAUAAGCGGGUGUAUUUGGGAGCUUUAAAGUUUGUGCCUCAUGCCGUGUAUAAGCUGUUGGAGAACAUGCCAAUGCCAUGGGAGCAGGUUCGAGAUGUUAGGGUGCUCUAUCACAUUACUGGUGCCAUCACAUUCGUUGAUGAGAUUCCGUGGGUAGUGGAACCUAUUUUUCUUGCUCAAUGGGGUACUAUGUGGAUCAUGAUGAGGCGAGAGAAGAGGGACAGACGCCACUUUAAGCGUAUGCGUUUCCCUCCUUUCGACGAUGAGGAACCCCCUUUGGAUUACGCUGAUAACCUGCUGGAUGUUGAGCCCCUCGAACCUAUUCAGCUAGAGCUUGACGAAGAAGAAGACUCCGCUGUAUAUGAAUGGUUCUAUGAUUACAAGCCUCUUGUGAAGACAAAGUUGAUCAAUGGACCCAGUUACAGGCGUUGGCAUCUGUCAUUACCUAUCAUGGCCGCUCUUCACCGUCUUGCUGGGCAGCUGCUGAGUGACUUGAUAGAUAGAAACUACUUCUAUCUGUUUGAUAUGGAGUCAUUUUUCACUGCCAAGGCACUCAAUCUGUGCAUCCCAGGUGGUCCCAAGUUCGAGCCUUUAUACCGGGAUAUGGAGAAGGGAGAUGAAGAUUGGAAUGAGUUCAAUGAUAUCAAUAAGCUUAUUAUUCGCUCUCCAUUGCGUACGGAAUACAGGAUUGCGUUUCCUCACUUAUAUAAUAAUCGCCCUCGCAAAGUGAAGCUGGGCGUAUAUCACACUCCUAUGGUUAUGUACAUCAAGUCGGAAGAUCCAGAUUUGCCUGCAUUUUAUUUUGAUCCAUUGAUCCAUCCAAUUGCUUUCUACAAAACAGACAAGCGUGGCGAGAGGAAAGGAUUUCAGGAAGAAGAAGAUGAAGACGAUUUCGUCUUGCCAGAAGGAGUGGAGCCUUUGAUUCAGGAUAUUCCACAAUACACUGACACUACUGCUGCAGGAAUUGCUUUGUUAUUUGCUCCCCGCCCUUUCAACAUGCGGUCAGGUCGGAUGAGGCGUGCUGAGGACAUCCCCCUAGUGUCUGAUUGGUACAAAGAGCACUGUCCUCCGACCUACCCAGUGAAGGUUCGUGUAAGUUAUCAAAAGCUCUUAAAGUGUUAUGUGCUGAAUGAGCUUCAUCAUCGGCCGCCGAAGGGUCAAAAGAAGAAAUAUUUAUUCCGUUCGUUGCGUGCAACCAAGUUCUUCCAGACGACAGAAUUGGACUGGGCCGAAGCAGGUUUACAAGUAUGUAAGCAAGGUUAUAAUAUGUUGAAUCUUCUGAUUCACAGAAAGAAUCUCAACUAUCUGCAUUUAGAUUACAAUUUUAAUCUCAAGCCUGUGAAGACUCUAACAACUAAGGAGAGGAAGAAGUCCCGUUUUGGAAAUGCAUUCCAUCUUUGCCGGGAGAUUUUACGCCUCACCAAGCUGGUUGUGGACGCAAAUAUCCAAUUUCGAUUAGGAAAUGUUGACGCUUACCAACUUGCAGAUGGCCUACAAUAUACAUUCUCGCAUGUUGGUCAAUUGACUGGUAUGUAUCGUUACAAAUAUAGGCUAAUGAGACAGAUUCGAAUGUGCAAGGAUUUGAAGCAUUUGAUCUAUUACCGGUUCAAUACCGGACCUGUUGGUAAGGGCCCUGGCUGUGGAUUCUGGGCACCCAUGUGGCGCGUUUGGUUGUUCUUCCUUAGAGGUGUCGUCCCUCUCUUGGAGAGAUGGUUGGGAAAUCUCCUUGCCCGACAAUUUGAAGGUCGUCAUUCCAAAGGAGUUGCUAAGACUGUUACUAAGCAACGGGUGGAGAGCCAUUUUGACUUGGAACUUAGGGCAGCAGUCAUGCACGAUGUCUUAGAUGCUAUGCCAGAAGGUAUCAAGCAGAAUAAGGCUCGUACCAUUCUUCAGCAUCUGAGUGAAGCUUGGCGUUGCUGGAAGGCCAACAUUCCCUGGAAAGUUCCUGGGCUCCCAGUGCCAAUUGAGAACAUGAUUCUGCGCUACGUGAAGUCGAAGGCGGAUUGGUGGACUAAUGUCGCUCAUUACAACCGAGAGCGAAUUCGGCGAGGUGCCACAGUGGACAAAACUGUUUGCCGGAAGAAUCUCGGUCGUCUAACUCGUCUUUGGUUGAAGGCAGAACAAGAGCGUCAGCAUAAUUAUCUGAAGGAUGGGCCUUAUGUCACACCUGAGGAAGCGGUGGCUAUUUAUACCACAACCGUACAUUGGCUUGAAUCCCGCAAGUUUUCUCCCAUUCCUUUUCCUCCCCUUUCAUACAAGCAUGACACGAAGCUCCUUAUCCUUGCCUUGGAGCGUCUUAAAGAGUCUUACAGUGUAGCAGUUCGUUUGAAUCAGCAGCAAAGGGAGGAGCUUGGGCUGAUAGAGCAGGCUUAUGAUAAUCCACAUGAGGCCCUGUCUCGUAUUAAGCGGCACUUGCUUACACAAAGAGCCUUCAAGGAGGUCGGAAUCGAGUUCAUGGAUCUCUAUAGCCAUCUCAUUCCUGUAUAUGAGAUUGAGCCAUUGGAAAAGAUCACUGAUGCCUACCUUGAUCAGUAUUUAUGGUAUGAGGGAGAUAAAAGACACUUGUUCCCCAAUUGGAUCAAGCCUGCUGACUCGGAACCUCCUCCCUUGCUGGUUUACAAGUGGUGCCAAGGUAUCAACAAUUUGCAGGACAUAUGGGACACCAGUGAAGGGCAGUGCGUUGUUAUGUUGCAGACCAAGUUCGAGAAGUUCUUCGACAAAAUUGAUUUGACGAUGCUGAACAGACUUCUACGGUUGGUCCUUGACCAUAACAUUGCUGACUAUGUAACGGCAAAGAACAACGUGGUUCUAUCUUACAAGGACAUGAGUCAUACGAAUUCCUACGGGCUACUUCAGGGGCUUCAGUUUGCCUCCUUUGUUGUCCAGUAUUAUGGGCUGGUGCUGGAUCUGCUAGUGUUGGGUCUCACACGUGCUAGUGAAAUAGCGGGACCUCCGCAAAUGCCAAACGAGUUCAUAACUUUCUGGGACGUGAAGGUGGAGACUCGUCAUCCCAUCCGCCUAUAUUCGCGUUACAUAGACAAAGUUCACAUACUCUUCCGUUUCACUCAUGAAGAAGCCAGAGACCUUAUUCAGCGUUACCUGACUGAACAUCCAGAUCCGAACAAUGAGAACAUUGUGGGUUAUAACAAUAAGAAGUGCUGGCCCAGAGAUGCUCGUAUGCGUCUCAUGAAGCACGAUGUAAACCUUGGAAGAAGUGUGUUCUGGGACAUUAAGAACCGGCUUCCUCGCAGCAUCACUACUUUGGAAUGGGAGAACUCUUUUGUUUCAGUCUAUAGCAAAGACAAUCCGAACUUGCUGUUUAGCAUGUGUGGGUUUGAAGUUCGCAUCUUGCCAAAGAUCCGGAUGACUCAAGAAGCUUUCGGCAGCAAAGAUGGUGUAUGGAACUUGCAGAACGAGCAAACCAAGGAGCGAACUGCUAUGGCUUAUCUUCGCGUGGACGAUGAACACUUGAAAGUCUUUGAGAAUCGAGUCAGACAGAUUCUUAUGUCAUCUGGCUCUACCACAUUCACCAAGAUUGUGAACAAGUGGAACACUGCUCUUAUUGGUCUGAUGACGUACUUCAGGGAAGCUACAGUUCAUACCCAAGAGCUUCUCGAUCUUCUUGUCAAAUGUGAAAACAAGAUCCAAACUCGUAUCAAGAUUGGAUUGAAUUCUAAAAUGCCUAGUAGAUUUCCUCCAGUGAUCUUUUACACUCCUAAGGAGAUUGGUGGUCUUGGAAUGCUGUCAAUGGGGCAUAUUUUGAUUCCCCAGAGUGACUUGAGAUACAGUCAGCAGACAGACGUUGGAGUCACUCACUUUCGAAGUGGUAUGAGUCAUGAAGAUGAGCAAUUGAUUCCCAAUCUUUACCGGUACAUUCAACCUUGGGAAAGUGAGUUCAUCGACUCGCAGCGUGUGUGGGCGGAGUACGCUUUGAAGAGACAAGAGGCUCAGGCUCAGAACAGGAGACUGACUUUGGAGGAUCUUGAGGAUUCUUGGGACAGGGGUAUACCACGUAUCAACACUUUGUUUCAGAAGGAUCGUCAUACUUUGGCUUACGAUAAGGGUUGGCGUGUGCGUACCGACUUCAAGCAGUACCAAGUAUUGAAGCAGAAUCCUUUCUGGUGGACUCAUCAACGGCACGAUGGUAAGUUGUGGAACUUAAACAACUACCGUACGGAUGUUAUUCAGGCUCUUGGUGGUGUUGAAGGCAUUUUGGAGCACACUUUGUUUAAGGGAACAUAUUUCCCUACGUGGGAAGGUCUUUUCUGGGAAAAGGCAUCAGGUUUCGAAGAAUCCAUGAAGUACAAGAAGCUCACAAAUGCUCAGCGCUCUGGUUUGAACCAAAUUCCAAACCGUCGUUUUACACUUUGGUGGUCCCCUACCAUUAAUCGAGCCAACGUGUAUGUUGGUUUCCAAGUGCAGCUUGAUCUUACAGGUAUUUUCAUGCAUGGAAAGAUUCCGACCUUGAAGAUUUCCCUCAUUCAGAUCUUUAGAGCUCAUUUGUGGCAAAAGGUGCACGAAAGUGUGGUGAUGGAUCUUUGCCAGGUCCUGGAUCAAGAGCUCGAUGCUUUGGAGAUUGAAACAGUGCAAAAGGAAACUAUUCACCCGCGUAAGAGUUAUAAAAUGAACAGCUCUUGUGCGGAUAUUCUGUUGUUCGCUGCUUACAAGUGGCCCAUGAGCAAGCCAAGUCUUGUUGCAGAGCCGAAGGAUGUUUUUGAUCAGAAGGCUAGUAACAAGUACUGGAUUGAUGUGCAAUUGCGGUGGGGUGAUUACGAUUCUCAUGAUAUUGAACGUUACACCCGAGCCAAAUUCUUGGAUUAUACAACUGAUAACAUGUCAAUAUAUCCAGCUCCUACAGGCGUGAUGAUCGGGCUGGACUUAGCGUACAAUCUACACGCUGCGUUUGGCAAUUGGUUCCCUGGUUCUAAGCCUCUUUUUGCACAGGCUAUCAACAAAAUCAUGAAGGCUAAUCCCGCACUUUAUGUGUUAAGGGAGCGUGUAAGGAAGGGGUUGCAGCUGUAUUCAUCUGAGCCCACUGAGCCUUAUUUAUCUUCCCAGAAUUACGGAGAGCUUUUCAGCAACCAGAUCAUCUGGUUUGUAGACGAUACUAAUGUGUAUCGCGUGACAAUUCACAAGACUUUCGAAGGAAACUUGACCACAAAACCUAUUAAUGGUGCCAUUUUUAUCUUCAAUCCAAGAACAGGACAACUGUUUUUGAAGGUCAUUCAUACUAGUGUGUGGGCAGGACAGAAACGUUUGGGACAAUUGGCGAAGUGGAAGACUGCUGAAGAAGUAGCUGCUUUGGUCCGUUCUCUCCCAGUUGAAGAACAGCCUAAGCAGAUUAUUGUUACGCGGAAAGGAAUGCUUGAUCCUUUGGAGGUUCACCUUCUUGAUUUCCCGAAUAUCGUCAUCAAGGGCAGUGAAUUGCAGUUGCCAUUCCAAGCUUGUCUGAAGAUUGAGAAAUUUGGAGAUUUAAUUCUGAAAGCAACGGAGCCGCAAAUGGUUUUGUUCAACAUCUAUGAUGACUGGCUGAAGACUAUAUCAUCUUAUACCGCAUUCUCUAGGCUCAUCUUGAUUCUUCGAGCUCUUCACGUCAACAAUGAGAAGGCUAAGAUGUUGCUGAAGCCUGACAAGACUGUAGUGACAGAGCCACACCACAUCUGGCCUAAUCUGAGUGAUGAUCAGUGGAUGAAGGUCGAAGUUGCUUUGAGAGAUCUGAUAUUAUCGGACUACGCGAAGAAGAAUAACGUUAAUACGUCUGCAUUGACACAGUCAGAGAUUCGGGACAUCAUUUUGGGUGCUGAAAUUACGCCUCCCUCACAACAACGGCAGCAGAUUGCUGAGAUCGAGAAACAGGCGAAGGAGGCUAGUCAAUUGACCGCAGUUACAACAAAGACAACUAACGUACACGGAGAUGAUUUGAUUGUAACAACUACCAGUCCUUAUGAACAAGCAGCCUUUGGUUCCAAGACAGACUGGCGAGUGAGAGCUAUCUCUGCUACCAAUCUCCAUCUGCGUGUCAACCACAUUUAUGUGAACUCAGAUGACAUCAAGGAGUCGGGAUACACAUACAUUAUGCCGAAGAAUGUAUUGAAGAAGUUUAUAUGUAUUGCUGAUUUGAGGACUCAAAUUGCUGGGUAUUUGUACGGAGUGAGUCCUCCUGAUAAUCCACAGGUUAAGGAGAUUCGGUGCAUUGUAAUGCCUCCUCAAUGGGGCACACAUCAGCAGGUCCACCUUCCUAGUAGUCUACCUGAGCAUGAGUUCUUAAAUGAGCUUGAACCUCUUGGUUGGCUUCAUACCCAGCCGAAUGAGCUUCCGCAGCUCUCACCUCAGGACUUGACCAGUCAUGCUCGUGUUCUGGAGAACAACAAGCAGUGGGAUGGUGAAAAGUGCAUCAUCUUAACCUGCAGUUUCACUCCUGGUUCUUGCUCAUUAACAGCUUAUAAGCUGACACCAACUGGGUAUGAAUGGGGUCGGGCUAAUAAGGACAGUGGCAGCAAUCCCCACGGUUAUCUGCCAACUCACUACGAGAAAGUGCAGAUGCUGCUGAGUGACCGAUUCCUUGGAUUCUACAUGGUCCCAGAUAACGGUCCGUGGAAUUAUAAUUUCAUGGGUGUGAAACAUUCUGUUGGUAUGAAGUAUGGAAUCAAGCUCUCCAUUCCAAGAGAAUUUUAUCAUGAAGAUCACAGGCCGACACACUUUUUGGAGUUCAGCAAUCUGGAGGAAAACGAUGUUGCGGAGGGGGAUCGUGAAGAUGUGUUUCAGUAGAUUUUGAAGGUCUCAUUUCGUCUGGAGGUUUCGUUUAAACCCAGAGAACCUCGUUUGUAUUAACGUAUGGCAGUUGUCUUUCUUAGUUGAGCUAAACCUGAAAUGAUCAAGUAAAUGUUCAUGCUAACAAAGCCUACAUGUUAGUGGCUGGGGUUGUGAAGAGAAGAGGAUUAUGAGCUAGGUGCGAGAAUGCUUAUGUGCGUUGUAGUCACCAGUAUAUCCUAUGAACUUCUUUGCACACGUGAACAUCUUAGACUGUCCGGAUAGUCUAGGACGAUUCAAAAUAGACAAUUUCUCUUCUUCUGAAGAUGUAAACAUUUUUGUAAAGGUAAACAUCGAUCAUGUCAAAGAAUUUGAUUCUGUAUUGCAUUAGUUUUCAA